GCUUCUGCUUCUUCACGAGUCCUCCGAGUCCUCUUAUUCAAAGUUAGUCUCUUUCUUUCCUCUUCUUUGAGUCAUGUCUGACCGCGAAGACAGCCAGAACCCUUCCGUCCAUUCUUACGGUUCUGGUGACCGGUCUCAGACUUCCGGUUCCUCUUCUUCUUCAUCCUCUGAUUCUGAGCACCCGGCUACUUCUCCACAGAAGAAGCCGGUUGAUGAUUCCACUUGCGCUCCUUCUUCUUCCGUGGCGCAAGUGGCCUCGGUUGCCCAACCCGGGGAUGAGGGCUUUAUUCAGCUGGACGACCGGUUGCUCCAAACGCAAUCGUCGGUCAUGCAGAAGGCCCAAAUCCACGAGGUGCGCAACCUGAUGCCGGACGGGUACCAAUUGACCUACCGGGCAACGUGGAAGAGCAUUAUUUCUCUCCAUGUCGGUACGUCGAUUGGUAUCCAUUACCAUUCCAUCAAGGACCUGGGUGAAUUCUCUAUUCACCCAUUCAAAGUCCUUUUCCUUGAGACAUACGGUAUCAUGCCCGGGCAGCUGGCCCCUAAUGGUCACCGUCUAUUAGGCAGUUUCAUCAAUGUCUGCCGGUUUCUUCGUAUUCCUCUCUCCCUUCGUCUCUUCGACCAUAUGUUCGAUGUCCGGCCCGGGUCCAAGGAAACCCUUGGAUUUGUGGUAGUGUCUUCUCAUCAAGGGCGGGCAUUCCUCUGUGGCCUUCCUCCUUCUAACAAGAAGUGGAAGGACAAAUACGUGUCCAUCAAAUUCCCCCCGGCCUCUUUUCCUUUUGCCCAGAAUGUCUGGGGGAAGAGAAUGAAGCGCCAAGUCAAACCAGCGGAGGCCGAUGACCUGGCUGCUUGGGAAGCCACUCUCCGGGCCGGGGAUGCCUCCACCCGUAGCCUGUACCAUGUAGGGAAGUGGAGUGUCUAUCCCGGCCGGGAGACUGAUCCUGAGCCGGAGAUUGUCCUUGCCGGGGCAAUCCCCGAAGCCAUCCCCAUCCGUCGGGUGAGGGGAUCCAAAGCACUGGCCACAGCCACCGUCGGUCCUUCACGCCCGGCGAAGAAGAAGAAAGAGAAAGUGGUGAAGUUCCAGUCCAAGUUCGCCAUUCCUCAGAUAGUGGUUGAGGAGCCCUCCACUGCUCAGCCACUCAACCCUCCAUCCAGCCAACCCCUCUUACUAGAAGAGCAACCGGCCCAAUCCCAUCAGGGGACCAACCAGCCCAUUCACUCAGGGGAACUCUACAUUAAUGUAGAUACCUUCGAGUUCGACACCCUGAUGGGGGAGACCGGGCAUACAUCCCAGGCCGGGUUGGCAGGCCAACCCAACGAGGAAGGCGAAGCCGAGGAAGAGGCUGCUGGGGAGUCCCUUCAACGGAUGAGGCGGAAGACUGAGGAGGUCAACCAGCCAUCCCACCAGGGGGCCCAGUCCUCCGACGCCGGCAAAGGGCCAAUCGUGCCUCGGUCCCUAGCUUUGAUGUCCAUGUCAGACGAGGAGCUCUUCCGAGCGUUCCGAUCCGAUUUGAAUGAGGUCGGCCGGAUUGGGGAGGAGUACUUCGCCCGGCUUGUGAAGUCAAAAGAUGAGGAGAAGGCCCGGAUGGAGGCCAUGAUGGUCAAAUGUCGGAAGGAAGCCCAGGCUGCCCGGGCCAAGGCAGAGAAGAUAGAGGCAAAAUGGACAGAGCACUGCGCGGUCUACCGUCAACUUUAUGCCAAGCAUGAUGGACUGUUGAAGGCCGCGAAAGAGGCCGAUGAGCAAGCCCAGGCCAAGAUCCAGCUCCUGGAGGCUGAAAAUGCUCGGUCGGCUGAGGAGAUCGCCUGGCUUGGAGAUGAGCUGUAGAAAGAGCGCUCAGAAAGGGCUCCUCUGGCUGCCGCCUUGGCUGUUCAGGCG